GAUAUGCACAAACACACUCCCAGGCAGGGAGAGAGGGAGAAAAGAAACUGUUAAAAACGUCUGUUCGCUCCUUCCAGUCUCAGCAUCGCUCAGUUUCUGCAGGAGGCUGCAGCUCCAUCCCUCCAGGAUCUCUACCAGCGUCACUGAGCAGAUAUGAUCUGCUCACUUCCCACUCAAGUCUCCUCACUCUCAGCUGGGAUCACUUCAUGAUUUUCUUUUCUUUUUCUUUUUUUUUUUUCUUUAAAUGGAUGACAACCGCCAACCGUAAAUAAAUGGAUUUCGCGCAACAGAACUAAUUUGAGUUCAAACACGGGAUCUGGAGAGAGGGGGUGUGUGCGGGAGAGACAUCAGAGAGAACAGGGGCGCUCCGAGUGAGGUCCUUUUGUGUUGUUUGUGGGAGCAGCACUUCAUUGUGCCUUGGAUAUGGGACCGUGCGUCAGCCCAACGGGAUCCGGAUCCGGUGCCGUGGGAAGAGCAUCCUCCUGAAGCAGGACAAAGACCCUCUUCGGGGAUUUUUUUUUUUUUUUUGCCUUCCUUUCUUUGAUUCUAAUUAAUUUCUUGAGGGGAGUGGAGGCUGUGAGUUUUACGCGCCGGAAUGAUGCGUCCCAACCGCGGCUUCAUCCUGCUCCUCCUCAACGGAACCGCUUUGGUGGUGAUGGGUCAAGAAGAUGACUCCCCAAACUCCAAGAGCUCUUCAGAUGCCUCCUCCAAGACGGUGGGCCUUCUGAGCGGGCAGGGUUCUCACUCACCCCUGAGCCGAUGGAUGCAGCACAGUAAAAGCAGAGCUGCUAAUUCCACCUCCCUGGAGCUGCCUUACCGCUCCCCAGUCCCCUUCUCCAAGCAGGAGUUCUCCAAGCAAGAGUUCUGGGAGAUGUUAGGCAGCGACCUGCUCAAACCUGACACCUCCAGCUCCAGGGUCAAACGCAGGCCGAUUGUCAAAACCGGCAAGUUCAAGAAGAUGUUUGGCUGGGGAGACUUCUACUCCAACAUAAAAACGGUGAGGCUCAACUUGCUCAUCACCGGCAAGAUAGUGGAUCACGGCAACGGCACGUUCAGUGUGUAUUUCCGUCACAACUCAACGGGCCAGGGCAAUAUCUCUGUCAGCCUGGUCCCGCCCGUUAAGGCGGUGGAGUUUGACCUGGAGCGCCAGAGCGUAGUCUACCCCAAAGACUCCAAGAUCUUCAACUGCCGCGUGGACUACGAGAAGGUGGACCGGAGCAAGCGCACCUCGUUGUGCAACUAUGAUCCAUCCAAGACCUGCUUUCAGGAGCAGAUCCAGAGCCACGUGUCCUGGAUUUGCUCCAAGCCUUUUAAAGUCAUCUGUAUCUACAUUUCCUUCUACAGCACGGACUACCGCCUGGUGCAGAAGGUUUGCCCGGACUACAAUUACCAUAAUGAGAUGCCCUACCUGCCCUCAGGCUAGAUGAAACAUUGAGGGGUAGGAGAGAGGAAAAGGGGGGGGCAGUGACUGAAUAUGUGAAGAGGAAACUAGGGCGUAAAAUUUUGCAGUGGCAGACACCUUAAAACAAAACAAAACAUGUAGCCUGACAAUUGUAAGAUGUAAAAAAAACAUAUAUGCAAACUACAGUAUGCAGUUAAUUAACAUCCUGAACUGGCAGUAAAUCUCUAGCGCCACUCACCGACACGUUCUUACCUCAGUCCUGUUUCUAAACUCGAACAUCUGGGCAGCAUUACUCCAACCAAUUUAGUCGUUUCUGAAUCUUAUCUGAAUGUCCUUUUUAUUCGCCCUUUACAAUUUUGCGCCUUUGCAAAGUCACACGGCAGUGCAUUAAUUGAAAGUGGUCUUUUAAACGGUGCGGUAAUUCAGCAGAGAGCUGCAGACAGAUUCAGCGUUUAUGAUAAUUAUCAUGUCGUGUUUAACAUUGUGCUCUCUAAAGAUGAUUUAAACAGACCACGGGGAACAUAAAGUAUUCAUUUGCUCACAAAGUGCAGAUGAAUGUGGAGUGUAGCCAACCGCAGCGUCAUUAAAGUGACGCUCAGACCUUUGAAAGGGCAG